AAUCCCGCUCAUUUUAUAUAGAAAAUAGGAAAAUGUGUUCGCUUAUAACAUGUGGUAUAACAAGUACCGUAUUAGGUGUUAUACUUGUAGUUGCUAGCAGUGUUAUUAGUUUUGUAUUUGUACCUGGCAUCGUCGAUACGUUUAUAUUGAACGAAGUCGUGUUGAGAAAUGGCACGGAAGCGAUGGAAAGGUUUGAGGAGAUACCUUUUCCUCUUCACUUCAAAGUCAGAAUCUUCAACGUUACAAAUCCGGACACCGUUCUGUCAAAUGGUGUACCUAUAAUGAGAGAAGUGGGGCCCUACGUAUAUAGGUUACAAAAUCGGAGGAUAGUCGAAGGCUUUGACGAGGAGGAAGACUUGAUUAAGUAUAACAUCAGGGAGACUUUUGAAUUCGACGCAGAGGCAUCAUACCCUUACACUGAAGAUGACAUUGUGACUGUCGUCAAUAUACCAUACCAUGGUAUUCUCCAAAUGGCAGAGAAGGUAUUUCCCGGUCUUAUGUUCGGGUUGAGCUUAGCUCUAAAUGGAAUAUUCGGUGAACACAAUGGCCCCUUCUUGAAUGUCAGAAUCGGUGACUUGCUUUUUGAUGGAAUUCCUAUUUGUAAGAAUCCCGGUUUAGUGGCUACGAUUGCCUGUGGACAGAUCAAGACUAUUGGCGCCGAUGUGAAGAACUUGAGGGAAGAGGAAGAUGGCUCGCUGACAUUUACUCUUCUUGAUUAUAAACAAGACAAGCCAACCGAGACUUACGAGGUGUAUCGAGGUAUAGCAGAUCACACAAAAUUGGGCAUUAUAGCAGCUUACAACGGGUCAUCUUACGUCGACUAUUGGGUGCAGCCGGAUAAUGAUAACUCAAUGAAAAAUAACACCGAAACCGCCGAAGUCAGCAAAGGCAUUUGUAACAUGAUCAACGGUUCGGACGCAGCGAUUUUCCCUCCUUUUGUCGACAGAGAUAACUCUAUAUAUGCUCUUAACCUUGAUAUUUGUAGGUCUGUGGAGUUGAGAUAUCAGUACGACACGGAGUAUGACGGCAUCCCGGUGGCUCGGUUCGCAGCUAAUGAGUGGUUCUUGGACAACGACGAGGGAUGUUUCUGUAUCAAUGAAACGGACGGCAUCACCAGAGAUGAUGGCUGUCUUCUGAACGGGGCUCAAGAGCUGUAUAGUUGCGUUGGAGCAUUCUUAGUCAUGACCUACCCACAUUUUCUCUUUGCUGACGACAUCUACAGAAAUGGUGUUCUGGGAAUGCAUCCGAAUGUUGAAGAUCACCGGAUAUUUGUGGAUCUUGACCCACAUACAGGUACCGUGGUAAGGGGAAAUAAGAGAGCACAAUUCAACCUCUUCCUGAAGCCUGUCUCGUCUAUAGCAGCGACACAGAACUUGCGGGUCACACUUGCCCCAAUAUUUUGGAUUGAAGAAGGUUCGGAGCUAACAGAGGAAUUCUCAGACAUGAUAAAACGGCGACUUCUGGGAUCACUGAAUUUAUUAAGUAUUUUAAUACCCAUUAUAAUAUCUUUAUGUGCUCUCUUGACAGCUAUUGGUAUUGUACUGCUAGUGAUUGGUAAAAGAAGACAGAGUAGCGACUCUGAUCUGUCCAGAAGUACACAGUAAUAACACAUUAAGCGAAUUUAAUAACAAAUAUUUAAUUUAUGAAUAUGAAUAUUGUAUUGACAAUACUUAAUUUAUGAAUGAUUGCAGUUGGUGUGGUGAAAUAAACUGUAUUAAUAAA